CAAAACUCAGAUUUCAUAGCAUAUACUCUCUUCCAAUACCACCCAUCUUCUUCUUCUUCUUCUUCUUCUUCUUCUUCUUCUUCUUCAUCUUAUUUUUAGUUAUAGCUUUCUUACCCACUAAAAGAAAAGGUUGGAUCCAAUCCCAUCUUCCCUCCCUCCCUUUAGCCAAGUUUUUGUAUUGUUGUAGAUCCACAAAGCAAACCACCACCAAAAGAGAAAGGGGAAAAAAGGCCAAGGAUUAAAGGAAAAGAGUAGUGGAGAUCAAGUGGAAUUUGUAGAUCAUGAUCCAAGAGCUCUUUGGGAGUGGCCUAAUUAGUGGAGAAAGGAGGGUUCAUCCCAUCACCACCAAUGGAACCACCAUUCUACAACCUCCUUCUUACUCCCACAACCAUCAUCACUCAUCUCCAUCACCCUCUCCUUCAACAGCAACUACAUCCACCACCACAGCUGCCUCUCUCGCCAACUCAUCCACACCUUCUUCUUCAUCGUCGACGGCUCCUUCUGCAGAUCAUCAGCACCUGAGGUGCCCUCGUUGCGACUCGUCCAACACCAAGUUCUGCUACUACAACAACUACAACCUCACCCAGCCCCGUCACUUCUGCAAGACCUGCCGCAGGUACUGGACCAAGGGCGGCGCCCUGAGGAACGUCCCCAUCGGCGGAGGGUGCAGGAAGAACAGGAUCAGCACCACUACCGGUCUGAUCCCAUCCUCCUCCUCCUCCACUGCCAAGCUCAAGAGCUUGGCGGUGGAGUUUGGAAACUCACCAUCGUCGUCGUCCCCAUCCCUUUUCGGGGCUAGUUUGUACGAUCUCCAUCAUGAGUCACUCGCGCCAUCUAGCCCUAUCCUAUGGUCUUCCCCACAAACCAACUCCCACCACCACUUCCUCUCCUUGUUGAGACCAACACCAAACCCGCGAAACCCUAGCCCUAACCCUAGCUCCACCACAACUAUCCAACCAACUUCUUCAAAACACGAGGGGAAUCAUGGUCUCGCCAACCUGUUCGGAACUAGUACCACUGCUACCACCACCACCCAUUUGUUCGAGCCAUCGCCUACGACGGCUCGAACCCUAGAUGGGUGGAACUCCGCGUCACCUGUCAACAACAACAACAACAACAACAGGCAGCAUCAACAAGCAGCUAAUUCGCUCGGUCUUAACUAUCCUCCCAUUCCAAUAUGGAUGGGGGACAGCAACGGGAACGGCUACCUAGUGGGCAGCGAUGAACCGCAUCAUAAUAAUACAGGUUAUGACGUUUUCAACGAUGGUAAUAAUAACGUGGGAUCUACGUCGGCGGGAGUUGCCUCUUCUUCAUCGACGGUGGCUGCGGUGGCCGGAGGAGGAGGAGGAGGGUUUGUGGGUUACAGCUGGAAUCCGGCAGCUUUUACUUCUUCUACUUCUGCUACUGCUGCCACUACUACAACUUCAUGGUCGGAUCUUCCCACCACCGCAAAUAAUGAAAAAGGUCUAGGGGCGCGCCAUAGCCUUUGAGCAAAGCGAUAAAUAUAUAUAGAGAGAGAUGUUCUUCUUCUGCUGAGAGCUAGCAAAGUUGCAUUUAAAAAGAAGAGCUCUCUGUCUCUCUUUCUUCUUUUCCAAUGUCUCCAAAGCACGACAUAGAACAGAGGUGGUGCUGCAACAGAACAAUUGAUUCUCUCUCGUUCUCUCAUGUUGAGGGUUAAAACAUAGAUUCCAUCUGCAGCUUUAGCUGGUUUACACGGAAAAUGCAACCAUGUAUUGUUUUAUGGAAAGUUGUCCUUAUUUAUGAAAAAUGCAGCCAUUCGAUAAAUUAAAGGGAUGUGG